AUGAACAUCCUCAGUAGAGCGUUUAAACGAAAUAACCUGCACGUACUACCACUCAAGGAUCACGAGGUACCAUUCAUUAGAUGCGCAAAACGAUAUGAAUCCAGAGUGAAGGCCCAUAGAUAUACAGGUAUAACUGCCGUAAAAACGCAUGCCCAGAAAACGGAGUGGUAUUUAAAGGCUGAAAGAGAUUUCCUAGCGGAACGGAAUCAAAUACCAAACGGGUUCAUAGGCCUAUGGCAAUACGAUGACAUAAAGCACCUAAGAAAAAAUAUCAUAAAUAUGCUACAUCUGAAUUGUGCGAACAGUAAACAAUUACAUAAAUAUAAAAAGUUGUGUAUAAGACGAUGUCUGCAGAGAAGACCAUUCGAUACUGGAAGUGCACCUGUUCAAAUUGGAUGCUUAACGGAAAAGAUCCUAAAUUUAAGGGCUCACUUAAUUCUCAGAUGUAAGGAUCAUCCAAAAAAAAGAACCAUGUCCAUUUGGCUAGCUAGAAGACAAAAAUUAAUGAAGUACCUAUACAAAACAGAUUUCGAAUUAUACAAACAUACAUGCAAUUUGCUAAAAAUUAAAUGCAUAUUAUUUGCCAUCCCAGAUUCAAGAGAUCGAUCCAAAGCAAUCAAUGCUGCUGCUGUGGAUGGAGAUAGAUGUAAAUUUCUAAUUAGGCAGAAAUUAUGGAAAGGCAAAUAUAGACCUAGACCUAUGAAAGAUCCCAAAGGACAAACUAUUAGAUACACCAGACACCCCAUAGAGCAACCUCCAUCCGAUUAUUCACUUCCCAAGGAGUAUAAGCCGCAGUUUUCAAAUUCGUGGCCCUAUGGUGUUAAGGAAAAUUAUCAAAAAGGGAUCUACACUGUUUAUAAUCCCACGGCUCCUGGGUUGGGUUACUGUCCCGUCCCUAUGCUCUUUUAG